AUGAACACCAUUCUCGUGUUUGUCGCCCUACUCGGUUUCGCACUUUGCGAGGAACCUACUCCUCAGCCUCCUCAGGCUCUUCCCGAAAUCAAAAAGCCGGGAAAGGCAGGGAUGCCAUUCAAAAUGGUGCCACCAAGACGAAGACUUUUUGACAAAAAAUUUGACAAUCUCAGCGAGGAAGAAAAGGCGGAACUCGAGAAGAAAAGAGAGGAAAUAAAAAAGGAAGUGCGGGAAAAAAUGGUCAAGCUAAUCGAAGAAUUGAACGAAGCUUUGAAUAAGCAGUCUGCAAUCCUGGACGACAAGGCACUGAGCCGCAAGGAAAAACUUGAAGCUCUCCGCAAGCUGAAAGAGGAGAAUCCAAAGGUUUACAACGUUCUGAAGGCCAUCUUCCAGCAAUUUGUUCCGAAACCAAAAUUUGGAAGAAGAAGGGGUCCUAAAAUGAUUAGACCUUUCAGGCGUGGAUGGCAAAAGGGACUAAAAGAGAGAAAAUCUCCCGAGAACAAGCCUUUUGGCCCGAAGAGGCACUUACCAAAACCUAUGAAGCCUAUGCCAGCAAAACUGGAUGCACCACCCGUUAAACCUUAA